CCCUGGCAGGAGGCACCACCAUGAUCAUCGAUUUUGCCAUUCCUCAGAAAGGCAGUUCCCUCAUCAAAGCCUUCGAGACCUGGCGAAGCUGGGCUGAUCCCAAAGUCUGCUGCGACUACAGCCUUCACGUGGCAGUGACGUGGUGGAGCGACCAGGUUAAAGAAGAAAUGAAAGUCCUCGCCCAGGAUAAAGGCGUGAACUCCUUCAAGAUGUUCAUGGCCUAUAAGGACGUGUACAUGGUGAGGGACACGGAGCUCUACGCCGCCUUCUCCUGGUGCAAGGACAUCGGGGCGAUCGCUCAGGUCCACGCGGAAAACGGAGACCUGAUCGCCGAGGGAGCAAAGAAGAUGCUGGCUCUGGGGAUCACAGGCCCCGAGGGCCACGAGCUGUGCCGCCCCGAGGCGGUGGAGGCCGAGGCCACGCUGAGAGCCAUCACCAUCGCCAGCGCCCUCAACUGCCCCCUGUACGUGGUGCACGUCAUGAGCAAGUCCGCAGCCAAGGUGAUCGCGGCCGCGAGGAGGGAAGGGAAGGUGGUCUAUGGAGAACCCAUAGCAGCAAGUCUGGGCACAGAUGGCACUCACUACUGGCAUAAAGAAUGGCACCAUGCAGCCCACCACGUUAUGGGACCACCCUUGAGGCCAGACCCUUCCACUCCUGACUACCUCAUGAAUCUAUUGGCUAAUGGUGACCUAACCACAACCGGGACUGACAACUGCACUUUCAACACCUGCCAGAAAGCUCUUGGGAAGGACGAUUUCACCAAGAUCCCCAACGGCGUGAACGGCGUCGAGGACCGCAUGUCGGUGAUUUGGGAGAAGGGCGUGCACAGUGGUAAAAUGGACGAAAACCGAUUUGUGGCAGUUACCAGCACAAAUGCAGCUAAAAUCUUUAAUCUCUAUCCAAGAAAAGGAAGAAUAGCUGUAGGAUCAGAUGCUGACAUUGUGAUUUGGGACCCAAAAGCCACCAGGACUAUCUCUGCAAAAACUCACCAUCAGGCUGUCAACUUCAACAUCUUCGAGGGCAUGGUCUGCCACGGGGUGCCCGUCGCAACCAUUUCCAGGGGCAAGGUGGUAUAUGAAGCUGGAGUUUUCAAUGUCGCGGCAGGCGACGGCAGGUAUAUUCCUCGCAAGCCGUUUGCUGACUAUAUUUAUAAAAGGAUCAAGCAGCGGGACCAGACUUGCACACCUACCCCCGUGGAGCGUGAGCCCUACAAGGGAGAAGUUGUUCUACUGAAAUAGAAACAGAAGAUUCUACAUCGGGGCCAGGAAACGGACCUACCCCUG